AACGGUGGCGAAACAGAGAACGCUAUACUGACGUCAGAAAGAGACAAAUACUCCCGCCGCGACCGGCUACUACACCGCAAGAGCCAGUGGCGCUAACGUGUUUAUGUGAGGAGCACGCGCGUGCUGCCAUUAAAAUCGCAGGAUGAGGACGUAUAAAAGAAAAUCUGAGCGUGGCAACAUAUCUAAAGAUGUAUACGAACAAGCAGCAGUUAUUUUAGAGGAGGAUAAAACUAAAAAAGUUCGCGGCGUUGCAAAAGACUUUGGAUUGUGCCAUAUGUCACUAACAAGAUUUUUAAAGAAAAGAAAAGAAGCAAAAGAAAAAGGUACACCUUUGGAAUCUGUCACAAUGGGGUAUAAGAAAAAUAGACAAGUUUUCAACGAUAAACAAGAGGCCGUUUUGGUGAGUUAUUUAAUUAAAUGCAGCCAGAUUUACUACGGAUUGACGCCAAAGGAUGUCAGGCAACUGGCAUUUGAAUGUGCACUUAAGCACAACUUUGUAACGCCUCAAUCGUGGCUUGAUAAUAAGGAAGCAGGAGUUGAUUGGCUGACAGCAUUUCUUAAACGUAAUCCGUCGUUAUCCAUAAGAUCACCAGAGGCUACUAGCUUGAGCAGAGCCACAUCAUUUAACAAAACGAAUAUUGAUAAUUUCUUUUCUAAACUGGCCGAUGUGUUGGACAGAUACAAAUUUCCUUCGUCACGAAUAUGGAAUGUUGACGAGACAGGUGUGACGACUGUACUGAAACCCAGAAAAAUUUUGGCUCCAAAAGGGUCUAAACAAGUUGCUUCCAUUACAUCGGCAGAGCGAGGAACACUCGUGACUGUCUGCGUAGCAGUUAAUGCAGUUGGCAACUCGGUGCCAUGUAUGUUCGUCUUCCCACGAAUUAAAUAUAGGGACUAUUUUGUUCGCGAUGGACCUCCAGGUUGUAUUGGCGCAGGAAACUCAAGCGGCUGGAUGACAGGGCUGGAAUUCCGAGUUUUUAUGAAACAUUUCAUAGGUAAUGUGAAACCUUCCGCAACCGACCCUGUGCUCUUAUUAUUGGACAACCACACUUCACACUUGGACAUUGAGGUUGUCGAAACAGCUAAAGAAAACAAUGUGGUGUUGCUGUCCUUCCCACCACAUUGUUCACAUAAGCUCCAACCUCUGGACGUGGGAGUCUACGGACCGUUCAAAAAUUACUGUGCCAGUCAACAAGAUGCUUGGCUGAGAAACAAUCCUGGCAAGACAAUGUCUAUUCACGAUAUUCCAUCGAUAGUGAAUAAAGCUUUACCAUCGGCAUUGAAUCCAGCGAACAUUAUCAAUGGAUUUAAAAAGACUGGUAUUGCGCCAUUUAAUAAAGAUGUUUUUCAGGAUGAUGACUUCUUGUCUGCUUUUGUGACGGAUAGACCAAUCCUCGGACAUUCCGAUGAUACACCAAUAGACGAAAUGACUAACUCAAACAUCGAAAAUAUCCCUCAUACCACAACACUGAACACAGAGGUUGAAAUUUCACCUCCACCCCCUCCCCAGUCUCCUACAGAAAGUGCCAUGGCAGAACGCGAAUACUCCAUUUAUACUAACCCAGUUGCUGGUUGUAGCAAGGAUAUAAUGCCCAAUGAAAAUGCCUUUUCUCCCGAGAUUGUUCGGCCUUAUCCAAAAGCCGCUGCGAGAACAAACAAAAUAAAACGAAAAACUCGGAAAUCAGCUGUUUUAACAGACACUCCCGAAAAAACUGCGUUGGCGCUGGAACAGAGUAAGAAGAAGGAAAAUAAACCUAAAAGUGGAAAGUCUACCAAAGGGCAAAAAACAGGAAAGAAAAAUGACCAAGGAAAUACCAGUAAAGGAAAGAAAAUAAAGGGAACAGGAAAGCUUUCUGUACAGAGAAAGGUAUUACACGAAAGUGAUGAAGAAAGCGAAGAAGACGGUUAUUUUGUCUGA